AUGAUGCGACCAGUUACACUUAUGCUAAUCCUUCUAACUUACCUUUCGUUUUAUACUAUUGACGCUAAUGUGGCCAUUGUAAGCGAAGGAUAUCAGAACGCAGCCGCAAACGACAAAUGCGUCCCAAUUACAAUGCAAAUGUGCCGAGAUAUACCAUACAAUAUGACAUUAUUCCCAAAUAUUUUAGGACACACCAAAGAAGAAGAUGCAUCCCUCGAAAUUCAUCAAUUUCUACCUUUAGUUAAGGUGAAAUGUAGCGAGGAUCUGAAAUUUUUCCUUUGUACCAUAUAUGCACCUGUAUGCACUGUGCUCGAACGUCCUAUACCGCCAUGCCGGCAUCUCUGUUUGUCUGCCAAAAAUGGAUGUGAAAAUUUAAUGAACAAAUUUGGCUUCAAGUGGCCACCUUUGCUGGCGUGCGAGCGUUUUCCCGUAGAUGGCAUGUGUGUCGGGGAAAAUAAGCCGGAUACGAGCACCGAGGCACCGCAUUCACGAUCAGGAACUUCGAUUACACAAAUUGAAUGCCCUCAUACCAUGCAGGUUAUUAGUAAAUCAAGGUAUUCUUUGAAAAUUUCGAAUACCACACUGGAGCAAUGCUCAUUGCCGUGUUCUGCUGAUAAUUUAGUACCAAUGUUUUUCGACACUCGAAUAAGACGAUAUUUACGAUUUUGGACAGGUGCUUGGGCAGUAGCAUGUUGUGCCAGCUCACUGUUCACAGUAUUAACAUUCUCAAUCGAUAUGGCACGUUUCCCUUAUCCAGUUAGACCUAUCCAUUAUUUAGCAUUAUGCUAUCUGUUUAUAUCACUCGUUUAUAUGGUUGGUUUGGUUGCAGAGGAUAAAAUAUCCUGCUCCGCCAUUUCAGCCAGUAACAGUCCACUCGUUUCUCAAGGUAUCGACAGUUUCUCAUGUACUGUUAUUGCGGUCACACAUUAUUAUUUCAGCGUAGCUAGUGGUGUAUGGUGGGUGAUAUUAUGUUUAGCUUGGUUUUUGGCAGCAAAUCUAAAAUGGGCGCAGGAAUCUAUUGAAAGCUUAGCCUCAUAUUUCCAUGUUCUUGCCUGGGGCAUCCCAGCAUUUCUAGCAAUUAUUAUUCUUGUUACGAAUACUAUCGAUGGUGAUUUAUUCACUGGAAUUUGUUCAGUAGGAAAUUUGAGACCAUCAGCUCUUUUCAAUUUUGUUUUUGUGCCAAUGUUCGUGUGCAUCGCACUUGGUUUAUUAUUAUUGGGAUGUGGCAUUAUUUCAAUGCUUCGGAUACGCCGUUACAUUAAAUUCAAACAUAGUGAUAUUGAUCAAAAUAUCCGGAAAUUGGAGAAAUUGAUGCUCCGAAUAUCAGCAUUUGCUUUUAUGUAUACCCUCCCAACAAUGGUUAGUGCUGCAUGUAUUGUUUAUGAAGCAUUUAUGAUGGAAAGCUGGUUGGCUAAUUGGUUGGCUAUCCGAUGUACGAGGCCUGAUCGCGCUGCUUUUGGUUUUGCGCAGCCACGUCAAACGUGUGUAUCUCAAACAGACGUUAGACCACCGGAUUUACUGAUUUAUUUUUUCAAAUAUUUAAUGGAACUUGUGGUCGGCAUAACAUGUGCUGUAUGGGUAUGUAGCAGUAAAACAUUGAGUAGUUAUUCACAAGCAUAUGCUAGGAUUGUACAUGGUCGAUCUCAGGUACCCACUAUUGUUCAUUAG